AUGGCUUCUCAACCGCCAAAUCGAGACUUUUGUCUGGAGUGUCGCUGGGAGGACUUCCAUAUUGACGUUAAAGAUGAGACUGUCCCACGCGAUCAGACUCGGUCGCAGUGGGAUUGCUUAGACCAGGAGCACCACACGGGUCUUGCGCCAUGUGAGGUUGACGAGGCUUGCUGUGACGUGGAGGACUGCGAGGAUGACUGCGAGGAAGAAUGCCAACUAGACUGUGGGUCAGUAUGCGACGGGUUUGUGGACUGCGAUGCUUCCACCGUCUGCUCUGUUGCCCAUUGUGACGAUACUCAUUGUGAUGGGAACCACUGCGAAAGCACGGAUCCUGCGUGUUAUGAAGAUCACUGCUGUGAUGGUCUCGAGGAGCAAAAUUGCGAGUUCGACUCUUUUUUCGGUCUCACUACACCUUUAUCAUUGGAUACUUCGGGGACUUUGCCUUCUGCUACCAUGAGCCAAGAUAUUGUUGGCGAAGCUGGGAAGAUUCCUGAACAUAUCCUGCCCGGUGUGAUUGAUCCUUGCUAUCACCAAGACUUCUUGUCGUCGUAUCAGGCACAUGCCACUCAUUGCGACCAAAGUGUCCCGAAUCAUUUUGAGUGCCAUGACUUCCAGAAGGACUUGCAAGGAAUUUUCCCCAUGCAGCAAUUGCCGACACAGACCGAUGUUAACCCAGCCGAUGUCUUUCAUCUGUUGGGAACAUGCCCCGAUUUCACUGUGCCCAAUGAUCAGUUUACUCAUGAUCACACAAUUUCAGGCGCUCUUCCAACCCUUAAAAGCAACACUUCCGACCCUCUAAACUUCUUCCAUCCACAUCCCGAACACCAUCAUGUACACGGCGAGCACAGCCAUGUUCAUGGCCACUUCAAAAACCCUAAUGACUUAAACCUCAAUAUCACCGGAGGACCCCAUCGUAAUCACCAUCGAUGUCGGGGACACCAACACUCUCAUAUACACCCUUACUCUCCUUAUUCCCGCCAAUCCCGGUCCAGCAUCAGCUCCCACUUCAUUUCAAGUCCCGGCGAAACCCCGCCCCCGCUGGACGGAGGCAUCUCAUCAGUUUUGACCACGCCUGAUUUUUCGGAGGAAAACGAUAUCCAUAUGUGCAAAUGGAAGACAAAUAUACACGGGGUGAAAACUCCAUGCGGGGCCACUUUUACCGAUGCUGGUGCUUUACAAGACCAUCUUGUAUCGAAUCACAUGAACACGGUUGAUGGAGCCAAGGGCAACGGUUAUUACUGUUGCUGGGACGGAUGUCAUCGUCCAGAUGAACCGUUUUCGCAGAAGUCGAAGCUGCAAGGCCAUUUUCUCACACACAGCAACUACAAGAAUUUCAGGUGUUCUGUCUGUCGCAAGACUUUUGCUCGCCAGGCGACCCUUGACCGCCAUGAGCGCAGCCAUCGAGGCGACAAGCCAUAUAAGUGCAAGGAUUGUGGAAAAAUGUUUACUGAUAGUAGCGAGCUGAAAACGCAUUCGCGAACCCAUACGGGCGAAAAGCCAUUCAAGUGUACAUACCCUGGAUGCGAUUUUGAGACUGGGGAUUCAUCAAACAUGUCGAGCCACAGAUUGACCCACGGUGAACGCAAACACAAAUGUGCAUACCCCGGUUGCACGAAGAGCUUUACUCGACCCGACCAAUUAAAGCGCCAUCAACGCACGACACACAAAGAUCCCAGCUCCGCUUUCCCUUCUCCUAGCCCCGACCCCUUCACACUUACCUCUUUCACCAUGGUCUAA